UUUAGAACUACGAGUUUUACUGGUUGUCUAGAAUAACUUGGUUUAUAAGGUUAUGUUAAUGGUAAAAAAUGUCAUCCCUUACUUGUGAAAAAGAAGAGUUAAUAAAAAAUCUUGAAAAUCAGUUAGGCCUAGCCCGGCGUGAAAUUAACAAUUUACGUAAGCAACUAAAGGCGUUAACGUUCAUACAGCAAAAAGAAUAUGACAAAAUCAAAAACGUUUUACAAAGUUGGCGCUGUUUGGGGUGCAAAACCCAAGCAGAGUCGCCACCAAUUGCUAGUGAAAAACCACCAAGUACAAACACGGAAAUAAAAAUGCAAAAUAUUGGUGUUAUAAGAACACAGUUCCCUGAAAAGAGGGGAACCCCCCGACAACCAACCAUUUGUUCAGACUCAGUCGCGAAAUUAUCGUUAAAUGAUGACGUUUUUACGAAUCCGGACCACACAUUGCAGGGUUUGCAAGACUUUUCACAUAUGUGGAUUUUGUUUCAUUUCCAUAAGAACAAAGCGGCUCAUAAAAAAGCAAAAGUAGCCCCUCCGCGUUUGAAUGGUGAAAGAACAGGGGUUUUUGCUAGUAGAUCACCUCAUAGGCCUAAUCCUAUUGGCUUAUCACUGGUAAAAAUCGACAAAAUUGAAGGAAGCAAUGUUUAUUUUUCUGGCGUUGAUGUUGUUGAUGAAACUCCAGUUCUUGACAUAAAACCAUACAUUCCUCAAUAUGAUACACCAGAAGACCAUGUUAGAGUGCCACACUGGAUUGGCAAUUCGACUGUGAAAACUCUGAGAGUAGUUUUUGAAGAAAUUGCGUUAGUUCAAUUGAAUGACUACAAAACGGAUGGUAGGGACGUUAAAGCAGACAUUGAAAAAGUGCUGAGGGAGGAUCCCCGGUCUGUUUAUUUAAGGGCGAAAUGGACUGGGCACUAUUACACGUUUCGUAUGUGUAAUUUACAAAUUUGUUGUAAAUUUGAUGAUGAGUCUCACACAGUAACAGUUCAUGAAGUAACAGCUUGUAACGAUAAAUAAAAUAUUUGUCUUAACUUA